AUGUCCACAAGAACAAGCUAUUCAACCCCAGAUAGUACCAAAAAUGCACCACACGCGGGCUCCACAAUACAACAUGAAAACAGAUCAAACUCCUCAGUCAGAUCGCAUAGAUCUCAUCAAUCUUCUCAAGAAGAGCUCCCUGAUAUUGAGCAGGAGCUAACUGACAGUGAUGAAGAGGACGAAUUUAUUCGGAGGUUUGGGGAUAUUAAUUUUCAGUACAUCAAAGCACCAAGAGACAGCUUCUGGUUCAUUAGGCCACAUGCCCUCAAUUACUUUAAAGACGGAAUCUUGUUUCGUACCAAAGGUGAAAGAGGAAGUUCCAAAACUGAAUUGUUUUUAGAUUUACUCUAUGUUGGGUUGAUUGCUAAUUUGGCAGGUGAAGCAAGUGAAGACGCUAGUGGGUUGGUGUUGCUAAAAUACGUCUUGUUCUUUUUGCCAAUGUGGGUUGUAUGGGCAGAUAUAAAGGACUUUACAAACUAUUACUAUAACGAAGAUUUAUCACAAAAGUUGUACAUUUUCUGGAUACUUUGCUUGCUCACAUUAUACAUUAACAGCCAUUACGAUAUCACUGAGGGCUAUAGUAAGGCUGCUCUACCCGUUGUUUCCUACAUUUUAUGUCGAUUAUCAUUGGCGGUUUCCUUGGUGGUAUACUCUUUCUUCAUCCCUGAGCACCGACCACAACAAAGAUUAUAUGCUGCAACAGUUUUUGUCACUUCCAUGUGUUGGCUAUCUGUCAUAUUUGUCUCAACAAGAGUCAAAAUAGCACUUGCAUUUGUUUUCCUAUUCCUAGAGCAAGUUUGCUUUUCAAUUUGUUUCCACCCAUGGACCAAGAGAAUGUUGAACCUUACAAUGUCCACUGCUUUGAACAUUGAGCACGAGGUUGAGAGAUUUUCUGUUUUUGUUACCAUUGCAAUUGGCGAAUAUUUAUACAAGGUUGUUGCCACUGGAUCAUUGGGUGUGGGAUUCAGUGCUAAAUACGCCAGAGGUAUUUUUCUAUUGGCCGACGCCUAUAUAUUAUUUUGGCUCUACCAGUACGGGGGAACAUCUAGCAAGGCGGUUCAUCCGUUGAGAAAUAGCGGAACCACAGCCAUGUUGUGGAUAUAUUCACAUGUACCAUUAAUUGCGGCAUUGGUCUUAUCCGCCGACGCUGGUGGUGAUUUGUGUGCUAUUGACAAUCCCAGCACCAAGAAGCGCCAGCACUUGGAAGCGAGAAGAGAAAGUGUGGGUGAAGAAUCGGAAAGAAACAUGUAUGCAUUGGCGUUCUUUUACACUGGCGGGAUUGCAGUUGCUUUGAUUUGUAUGUUUGUGUUGGGAAUAGUGGAGAAGAGUCGUGAUCCACCAAACUUCUUUAUAUUACCUCAGAAACUCCGAGUGUUUUGGAGAUUACCAAUUGGGAUCAUUAUUGUCAUGAUCACUUUCGCGGAAAUGAAUUCGACGUUGUUAAUGGGUAUCGUGACUUUGUUAUUAGGGGUAUUAUUGGUAUUUGAAAGUUUCGUUUCUACCCCUAGGAAUUGUUUGUUUAAUAGCCAGUCUGGUGAAGAGACGGCUUGA